UCGCUUGCAAAUUGUUUGAGGUUUUCACAUCCAUGGGGGUGGACCCCGUUAGCUACACGUACAACUCGAUCAUGAGCUCGUUCGUGAAGAAGGGCUACUUUAGGGAGGCUUGGGCCGUGCUCGAUGCCAUGGGGGAGAAACUUAACUUGGCAGACAUAGCCACGUACAACAUUAUCAUCCAAGGCUUAUGGAAAAUGUGCCGUGCUGACCUGGCGAGUGCCAUUCUCGAAAAAUUGACGAAUGAGGGAGGGUAUUUAGAUGUCGUGAUGUACAACACGUUGAUUAAUGUGCUCGGGAGUCGGAAAGAAGCGAAGCGAAGUGAAGAAAAGGGGAAAGCGGGCCGGGUUGAUAAGGCGGACGAGUUGUUCGGGCAGAUGAAGGCGGGCGGAAUAAAUCUGGACGUGGUUACUUAUAACACGCUCAUUGAGGUGCAUGCGAAGGCGGGUCGGGUUAAGGAUGCGUACAAGGUUUUGCGGAUGAUGUUGGAUGCCGGGUGUGCUCCGAAUCAUGUGACAGACACGAUUCUCGAUUUUCUGGAGAGUGAGAUCGAAAGGUUGAGAUACGAGAAGGCUUUUGCCGCCUUAUCUCUGGCAAAGACUGCUUUGCAGCUUGAACGUUCUGUGGCUGCUGUCUAUGCUCAAAUAAAUAUUUCAGUUGCUCCCGAGUACCUGUGGGUGAGUAACUUUUUCUUAUUCUUGCCUGAAACAGAUUGUUGUGCUUCGAUCUGGCAGGAUAACAAUGGAGAUGUUCUUUUGGCCUCCUUACGGUUAAUUUUGACAGUUCCCUUUACAUUUUUUAUUUUUCAGGAUUUGAAGGUGAAUUUCGACCAUCCUAAGCUAACUGGAGAGAGAACUGUACAGAAUGCAAUUGUAGAGGUUGCUGCAAUGAUGGGAGAGAAUGUCAAA